CCUCAGGUCAUCGAGGGCUCCGCCCCUGUCGGGUGGUCUGUUCGUGGACUGCGGCCUCUGGUGCAGGUGCCCACCCAGCUCGCACUGGGCCCAACCCAGUCCACCCAGCUAGGGGAAGGAGCCGCCUGCCUGCCUUGGCAGCCAUGAGGCCCCCGUGGUGUCCCCUGCACACUCCCUUCCCAGUGUCCCCACUUCUCCUCCUCCUCCUCUUCCUCCUGGGAGGAGGGGCAGAAGCUGAGCACCAGGAGGACCCAGAGCUGCUGGUGAUGGUGCGUGGGGGCCGGCUUCGGGGCACCCGCCUAAUGGCCCCUGGGGGCCCUGUCUCUGCUUUUCUGGGCAUCCCCUUCGCAGAGCCACCCGUGGGCCCCCGUCGCUUUCUGCCACCGGAGCCCAAGCGACCCUGGCCAGGGGUGCUAGAUGCUACAGCCUUCCAAAGUGUCUGCUACCAAUACGUGGACACCUUGUACCCUGGCUUUGAGGGCACCGAGAUGUGGAACCCAAACCGUGAGCUGAGUGAGGACUGCCUCUACCUCAACGUGUGGACACCAUACCCUCGGCCUGAGUCCCCCACCCCGGUCCUCAUCUGGAUCUAUGGGGGUGGCUUCUACAGUGGGGCCUCUUCCCUGGACGUGUAUGAUGGCCGCUUCCUGGCCCAGGCAGAGGGGACUGUGCUAGUAUCCAUGAACUACCGGGUAGGAGCCUUUGGCUUCCUGGCCCUGCCAGGGAGUCGGGAGGCUCCAGGCAAUGUGGGUCUCUUGGAUCAGAGGCUGGCCCUGCAGUGGGUGCAGGAGAAUGUGGCAGCCUUUGGGGGGGACCCAACGUCAGUGACUCUGUUUGGGGAAAGUGCAGGUGCUGCCUCUGUGGGUAUGCACCUGCUGUCCCCACCCAGCCGGGGCCUGUUCCACAGGGCUGUGCUGCAGAGCGGUGCACCCAAUGGGCCUUGGGCUACUGUGAGCAUGGGAGAGGCCCGCCGCAGGGCCACACUACUAGCACGUCUUGUAGGCUGUCCCCCAGGUGGGGUUGGUAGCAAUGACACAGAGUUGGUCACCUGCUUGCGGACACGGCCAGCUCAGGACCUGGUGGACCACGAGUGGCAUGUGCUGCCUCAGGAAAGUGUCUUCCGCUUCUCUUUUGUGCCUGUGGUAGACGGAGACUUCCUCAGUGACACCCCAGAGGCCCUCAUCAACACUGGAGACUUCCAUGGCCUGCAGGUGCUGGUGGGUGUGGUGAAGGAUGAGGGCUCCUAUUUUCUGGUUUACGGGGCCCCAGGCUUCAGCAAAGACAACGAGUCUCUCAUCAGCCGAGCCCAGUUCCUGGCCGGGGUGCGGGUCGGGGUCCCCCAGGCGAGUGAUCUGGCUGCCGAGGCUGUGGUCCUGCAUUACACAGACUGGCUGCACCCUGAGGACCCAGCACGCCUGAGGGAGGCCAUGAAUGAUGUAGUGGGUGACCACAAUGUCGUGUGUCCUGUGGCUCAACUGGCUGGGCGACUGGCCGCCCAGGGUGCUCGGGUCUAUGCCUACAUCUUUGAACACCGAGCAUCCACUCUCUCCUGGCCCCUCUGGAUGGGGGUGCCCCAUGGCUACGAGAUCGAGUUCAUCUUUGGGCUCCCCCUGGAACCCUCGCUAAACUACACCAUCGAGGAGAGAGCCUUUGCCCAGCGACUGAUGAAAUACUGGGCCAACUUCGCUCGUACAGGGGACCCCAAUGACCCCCGGGACCCCAAAGCCCCGCAGUGGCCACCGUACACGGGGGUAGCACAGCAGUAUGUGAGCCUCAACCUGCGGCCUCUGGAGGUGCGGCGGGGCCUGCGCGCCCAGGCCUGUGCCUUUUGGAACGGCUUCCUACCCAAAUUGCUCAGCGCCACCGACACGCUGGACGAGGCGGAGCGCCAGUGGAAGGCCGAGUUCCACCGCUGGAGCUCCUACAUGGUGCACUGGAAGAACCAGUUUGACCAUUACAGCAAGCAGGAUCGCUGCUCAGACCUGUGACCCUGGCGGGACAUCCACGAUCCGCCACCCUACACGCCCCUCCCGGCCCUCUAGCUGUAUAUACUAUUUAUCUAAGGGCUGGGAUAUUACAGAAGAGCCCUAGACCCACCCCUAUUUUUCCCCCGGGGCUCCCGAUCCUCAGCAUGUCUCGGCUGAGCCCCCUACCCCGCGGUGCCUUCGCCCCUCUGGGCUGCCAAUAAACUGUUACAGCCAAA